AUGAAAGCGAUUUUGCAGCGUGUACUGUCGGCUUCCGUCACUGUGGAGAAGGAAGUUGUCUCAUCCAUAGGCAAGGGAGUCUUGGUAUUUGCUGCAGUCGCUCCUGGUGACACCGAGAAGGAGGCAGAUUCUCUUGCGGCCAAGGUGCUGAAGAUGAAACUCUGGGAUGACGAUGCUGGUGGAAGAUGGAAGAAGAGUGUACAAGAUAUUGGUGGAGAGGUGCUCUGCGUCUCUCAGUUCACUCUUCUAGCUUCAACGAAAAAGGGCAAUAAACCUGACUUUCAUGGAGCAAUGGGUGGAGAAGAGGCAAAAAGGCUUUACGAAUACUUCUUCAACAAGGUACGGGGUAUUUAUACCCCGGAAAGAGUAAAGAACGGUGUGUUCCAAGCCAUGAUGGAAGUUGCAUUAAUCAAUGACGGCCCUGUCACAUUGGAACUAUCAACGGGCCAGAACGGCAAACCGGAAGCUGCUUCUAAGGUUGCAACUGAGUAA